AUGAUCACAACAUCCCAGAGUCAGAGAUAUUUGUUACGGUUUCUUGUGCUCCACGGUGGAGCUACGGCCGCGGCCGGAGCUCCCUUCAGCGAGAAAACGCUCUCUCAGACACCCACUUGGGCCGUCGCCGUUGUCUGCACAUUUCUCAUCCUCAUUUCCCAUCUCCUCGAAAAGGGUCUUCAAAGACUCGGCAAUUGGUUAUGGAAAAAGCAAAAAAACUCUCUGCUUGAAGCCUUAGAGAAAAUCAAAGCUGAGCUGAUGAUUCUUGGAUUCAUUUCCUUAUUACUCACCUUUGGAGAAACAUACAUUCUCAAGAUCUGUGUGCCUUCAAAAGCUGCUCUCUCUAUGUUACCAUGUCCAUCUGAAAACACGAAUACUUUGGCUCCAUCCCUUAGCAGACAUCUUUUGGCUGCUGGUGAUUUAUCUGUUAAUUGCAAAAAUGGAUCUGAGCCACUCAUAAAUGUGAAAGGCUUGCACCAACUUCACAUCUUGUUGUUCUUCUUGGCCAUCUUUCAUGUCCUCUAUAGUUUAAUCACCAUGAUGCUUAGUAGGCUUAAGAUACGUGGAUGGAAAAAGUGGGAGGAAGAGACAUUAUCUCAUGAUUAUGAGUUUUCUAUUGCAGAUCAAACAAGACUUAGGCUCACUCAUGAGACUUCUUUUGUGAAAUUGCAUACAAGUUUCUGGACAGCAAUUCCUUUCUUCUUUUACGCCGGGUGCUUCUUGAGGCAGUUCUUUGUAUCUGUGGGAAGAAUUGAUUAUUUGACUCUUCGCUACGGAUUCAUCUCUACUCAUUUAGCUCCGGGAAUAAAGUUCAACUUCCAGAGAUAUAUCAAAAGAUCUCUCGAGGAUGAUUUCAAGUUAAUAGUUGGAAUAAGGUAUACCACAAUCCAUAAACAUAAUAUGCAAAUAGAAUCAUUUGGUUGGUCUUAUACAACAUUUUUUGUUUUGCUCCGCAGUCCAGUUCUUUGGGCAUCAUUUGUGAUAUUCUUUCUGUUUAAUGUUAAUGGAUGGAGAACAUUGUUUUGGGCAUCAAUUCCUCCUGUGCUAAUAAUUUUAGCUGUUGGAACAAAGCUUCAAGCGAUUUUGGCAACAAUGGCGCUAGAAAUAGUAGAGACACAUGUAGUAGUACAAGGGAUGCCUCUAGUACAAGGUUCAGAUAAAUACUUUUGGUUGGAUUGCCCUCAACUGCUUCUUCAUCUUAUUCACUUUGCCUUGUUUCAGAAUGCUUUCCAGAUAACACACUUCUUCUGGAUAUGGUAUUCUUUUGGAUUAAAAUCAUGCUUCCAUAAAGAUUUCAACCUUGUAGUCAUAAAACUCUUUCUAUGCCUAGGAGGUUUGAUCUUAUGCAGCUACAUCACUCUCCCGUUGUAUGCUCUGGUGACUCAGAUGGGUUCACACAUGAAGAAAGCAGCGUUUGAUGAACAAAUGGCAACGGCAUUGAAGAAGUGGCACAAAAAAAUUAAAAUAAAGAAAGGAAAUGCAAGGAAGCUCCCGAGCAAAACACUUGGUGGUUCGGGGAGUUUCAACAUCUCUCCCUCUUCCUCUGGAACCACUCUACAUCGUUCCAAAACUACUGGUCACUCUUCUAACGCCAUAUACUACAAACAAGAAGAAGAACACGACGAGAUGUCUGAUCUUGAAGCUGGUGCAGAGGAUGCCACUGAAAGGUUUCAAGAACAGCAUAAGCCAUUCCACCACUCCUAG